ACCGGUGAACAGAAUCGUCUGAUUCCCAUUCGCCGUAAGGACUGGGGCUGAGAAGCGUCGCCGCGGCACUCCCGGCAUGAAGGUGAAGACUUUAUCAUAUCCAUGUAUCUGGUAGUGAAGAAUGACAAAACCUGUUUGUAGUAAGGGUGUAGAUAUCACGAGACAGUAAAUCUAGCUGUACCAGUGGACAGCUGCGAUUCAACACCACCGCAGUUGUGGGACUACUGAAUCCUGGUCUGUGACGGACGAUAAAAGUGACAUCAGAUCUCCUUCGAUCAACAUUGACCUGAAGUGGAUUGAAAAUGCUGGCACAUAAAGCGGUUGUCGUCCCUUGGUGAGUGAUGAAUGGCCUACGACUUCCACAAGGAAGGAGAGCAUAUUUGGUGAUUGUUGACUACUUCGAGCUGAGGCAAAAUAUAUCAAUCUACAAAGCAAUGGAAAACACUGGUCAAGAGUCCUGGUCUACAUGCGAAUUACUUCCUAUAGUGGUAUGAGGACCGAAGUGGAAAUACCUCGGAAAUGGCUUCUUCUGUUGGAAAACUUCUUUUGAUAAUUCUUACACUUCAUGUAUGGGGUAACACAUAUGCUCAACGAUGUCCACGGGAGUGUCUUUGCAGUCCCCCGGACAAUAGCGUGUACUGCAGUGACCAGAGGCUAACUAGUUUCCCGACCAACAUCCCGAGAUACGUCUCUAUUCUCAGUCUACACAGGAACAAGAUUAAAACGUUGGGUCGAGGCCAGUUCCGAUCAUUGACAAACCUCAACACGUUGGAGCUCAGUGCUAAUGAGAUAUCGGAAAUCGAGCCUGGUGCAUUCAUUGGACUUGGAGAUCUGAGAACAUUGGAGCUGAAUAAUAAUAGACUUACAAGUAUCGAUGGGGCAAUAUUCCAAGGCUUAACUCGCCUCAACAAUCUAGGGUUGAGAAACAACCCUAUAUAUUGCCUUCCUAAGUAUGCAUUUUCGUACGUGCCAUCGUUAAAGUUUCUGGACCUUGGCAGAUUGUUCAAACUGCAAGCUAUUUCAAAGCACGCUUUUGCUGGAUUGAAGAAUCUGGUGUAUCUGAACAUGACGGAGUGCAACCUCGUGACGGUUCCACAUCUGAAGCACCUAGAAAGCCUCGAGAACUUGGACCUGUCCCGAAACUCCAUUGACAAGCUCGAGACUGACAAUUUGGCCGAGCUGAAAGGCUUAGGGAGCUUGAGGAUGCCAUCAAAUCUGUUAUCUGAAAUCGAACAAGAUAGCUUUGAAGACUUGGGGUCACUUAGGGAGCUGGAUCUUUCGGACAAUUACCUAACGAUUCUUCCGUUCGGGCUCUUUUCUAAUAUGAGAGCCUUGACCAAAGUAAACUUGGGUGGUAAUCCGUGGAACUGUACUUGUGAAGUCACGUGGCUCGUCACCUGGUUGCGUAGAAAAACGCGAAGUGACCCAACCAGAGAGUCCUGUGGCAGAUGUCAGUCUCCUUGGACGUUCCGGGGGAGAUUACUUUGCGACGUUCCUGUGACGAAAUUGAAAUGUACCCCGCCACAAAUCACUGACGCGCCGAGGGCUCUGAAUGUUACAGCUGGUGGAAAUGCUACUCUCCAGUGCAACACCGGGGAUUCAAAAGAGACGGCCGUUAACUGGAUAUCACCGAACGGAACCAUGAUUCGAAAAGGUUCUUUUAAGCUUAAAGUCAAGUUCGCCGGGGGUCGGACCUUGAACUUCGCCAGAGUCUCAACAUCUGACGCUGGAAUUUACAGAUGCGUUGCGAGAAAUUCGGCAGGAACAACAACGUUAGAUACCAUUCUGAACGUCACGGGAAGUGUACUUCCAAUCUUCCGUGCGACAGAAAUACCUAUAAAUGGUGAAGAGCCAGAAGACGAUAACUUGUGCCAGCGGGCGUUUGAGAAGGCUACUUCAUCCGUCAGCGGUGGGCCUCAGCUAACCUGGCAGCGUGACUCCAAACCAACACCCGGGAGGACUAAUGAAACAUUCAAAACGCCAGAGCCUCUUCCGACUGUCUUUGAACCUGGCUUUGAUAUGACGAAGAAUACAGAUAAACCCUCUUCAAACGUAGAUCACCAGAAGUACAUCAUUGCAUCCAUCGUGUCGGUUAUAUCGUUUGGUUUGUUGGUAUGGCUCAUUUUCUUCCUUUUACUGAGAUGGGAUUUCUGUUGCCCUGCGAAUAGGUUUUUGGCGAAGAAGCGAGAAAAUAGAACAAAAGCCCAGAAAGACGACGGCGAUUUCAGGACACGAUGCUGCAGACUACGUUGCUGUCUGCGGGAACCAGAAAAGGACGCCCCCAUCGAAAUUCCCGAGCCAUUGCAAGGUUAUCCAACAUUGGAACUCACCAAACUGGAACAGCGGAAAAUGAACACCAUUGAGGUUUACAGCCCGGUCGAACUGAUAAAGGACUCAAAGGAGUUCACAGAUAUCGAUACUCUUAAAGGAGGUUUAGACAUAGACUGUGACGUUGAUUUAAGACAACUGAAGUUACACACUCCUGAAAAGACUGCCAGUUUACAGAGAAAGAAAAACUUGGAGAGUUUUAAUCCUGCCAUAUCCUCAGGUGUACAGCAUACUUGCAGUCUGAAGAAGAGUCCUUCUAAGCCUGUUUACACCCCUGUGAAAAUACCCGACUUCCAUAGAAAUAUCGCGGAUGUCUACAUCAUCCGGAAAGAUCCCGAUCAGAGCUGCAUGGUUCCGCAGGUGUCAGAUACCUCUAUGAAGGAAACUGGCGUUUAGAAAGUCACUUUGUAUGGUUCACGGCAAAUAAAUGUUUCGUACGUAUGAUUUUCUCCUUCACAGAUUUAUCUCUCUUGACAUGAUUCAUACAGCCCAUGUUGCUACUUAUUUGUUUGUUAAGGUCCGACAAAUCAUCAACGUGGCUUUUCUUAAGAUGAUUUCGUGCCAUUAAGAACAAUGUCACACUAUGAAAAUUACCUCUGAAGAUUAAGCAGUAAAACUCAUGAUAAUCCAUCGUCCACUCCUACGAUGAGUUAUUAAACGAUAACACAUGUUUAUUAUUCGUUUAUUUUUUUACAUCAAAUCAAUAGACUAUAUAUAAAGUUGGCAUUUAUAUUGGAUGAUAUUGUACAAGCAUGUGCGAAGACAGAUGUUACAUUCUUUCAUUUUGUGGCAUGUUUUGGAAAUGUCAACACUUGCACUGAAUAAAGACG